AUGAACGUAGCGAAGACGAACAGAGAGCCAUAUAACCCCUCUGGUUGCACUUUGGAAUGCUCAGCACAAGCGUCAAACCUCAGCUCAAAGGAUCUCAAGAUGGCCGCUCUGUCUCUCGUCCUUUCUGGCCUUCUUUUGGCCCCAGCCGUUAACGGUCAGGCUUAUGAUGCUGGAGAUCGUUCCGAAGAUGCUUUCUCCUGGGUUCAGCCUCUGAACACUACAAUCCUCGGUCCCUAUGGCCACUCUCCGGCCGUCUACCCCUCUCCCAACAUUACUGGUGUUGGUGGCUGGGAGGAGGCUCUGGCCAAGGCCAAGGCCUUCGUCGCCGAGUUGACUGUCGAGGAGAAGGCCGAUAUGGUCACUGGCCAGCCCGGCCCCUGUGUUGGUAACAUCGUCGCCAUUCCCCGCCUCGGAUUCAACGGUCUCUGCCUCCAAGAUGGCCCUCUUUCCAUCCGUGUUGCCGACUACGCCAGUGUCUUCUCCGCUGGUGUCUCUGCCGCAUCCACCUGGGACAGAGACAUCCUCUACGAGAGAGGUCUUGCUAUGGGCAAAGAGUUCAGGGCCAAGGGUGCUCACGUCGCUCUUUCCCCUGUUGCUGGACCUCUCGGUCGAUCGGCCUACUCAGGAAGAAACUGGGAGGGCUUCUCCCCCGACCCUUACCUGACCGGUGUUGCCAUGGAGUACACCAUCAACGGCCACCAGGAUGCCGGUGUCCAGGCUACUGCUAAGCACUGGAUCGCCAACGAACAGGAGAUCCAGCGCAACCCUAGCUUCGACCCCAACGGUACUUCCACGGAUAUCACUAUGCAGGCUCUGUCCUCCAACAUUGAUGACCGCACCAUCCACGAGCUUUACAUGUGGCCCUUUGCCAACGCCGUCAAGGCCAAGGCUGCCUCUUUCAUGUGCUCUUACCAGCGCAUCAACGGCUCUUACGGCUGCCAGAACUCCAAGUCUCUCAACGGCCUGUUGAAGACCGAGCUUGGCUUCGACGGCUACGUCAUGAGUGAUUGGGGUGCUACUCACACUGGUGUUGCCGCUAUUGAGGCUGGUCUGGACAUGGACAUGCCUGGUGGCUUGGGAUCUUACGGCAUGACCUGGAAGGACGGUUCCUUCUUCGGUGGAAACGUCACCAAGGCUGUCAACAACGGCACUCUUGACGUUGCCCGUGUCGACGACAUGAUUACCCGUAUCAUGACUCCCUACUUCUGGCUCGGCCAGGACAAGGACUUCCCCUCCGUCGACCCCUCUACUGGCGAUCUCAACACCUUCUCUCCCAAGUCUACCUGGGUCCGCGAGUUCAACUUGACUGGCGAGCGCAGCCGUGAUGUCCGCGAGAACCAUGGCGAGCUCAUUCGCAAGCACGGUGCUGCUGCCGCCGUUCUUCUCAAGAACGAGAACAAGGCUCUCCCUCUCAAGGCCCCCAAGUCUAUUGCCGUCUUCGGUAACGAUGCCGGCGAGGACACCCAGGGUUUCUACAACCAGAAGGACUUCGAGUACGGUACCCUCGUCGCCGGUGGUGGCUCCGGAACCGGCCGUCUGACCUACCUCGUCACUCCUCUUGAGGCCAUCAAGGCCCGUGCCUCCAAGGACGGUGCCCUAGUCCAGCAGUGGCUCAACAACACUCUCAUCGCCACCUCCAACGUCACCGACCUCUGGGUUCCCAAGACUCCUGAUGUCUGCCUCGUCUUCCUCAAGACCUGGGCCGAGGAGGCUGCUGACCGCCAGCACCUGGACGUUGACUGGAACGGUAACGAGGUCGUCGAGUCUGUCGCCAAGGACUGCAACAACACCAUCGUCAUCACCCACUCCUCCGGCAUCAACACCCUCCCCUGGGCUGACCACCCCAACGUCACUGCUAUUCUCGCUGCCCACUUCCCCGGUCAGGAGUCCGGCAACUCCCUCGUCGACAUCCUCUACGGCGACGUCAACCCCUCUGCCCGCUUGCCCUACACCAUCGCUCUGAACGGCACCGACUACAACGCCCCUCCUACCACCGCCAUCAACACCACUGGCGAGUACGACUGGCAGAGCUGGUUCGACGAGAAGCUCGAGAUCGACUACCGCUACUUCGAUGCCCACAACAUCUCUGUCCGUUACGAGUUCGGCUUCGGUCUCAGCUACACGACCUUCGGCUUGGCUGACUUCAAGGCUGAGCCUGUUGCUGACAACAUCACCCCCGCCCCCGAGGAGCGUCCCAUCGAGCCCGGUGGAAACCCCGCCCUGUGGGAGACCAUCUUCAACGCCACCGCUACCAUCUCCAACACUGGCGAUGUCGACGGCGCCGCCGUUCCCCAGCUCUACGUCACUUUCCCUGCCGACACCACCCCCGCCGGCACUCCCCCCAAGCAGCUCCGCGGUUUCGAAAAGGUCCCUCUGGCCGUCGGCGAGAGCAAGACCGUUGGCUUCGAGCUGAUGCGCCGCGACCUCAGCUACUGGGACAUUGUCUCCCAGCAGUGGGUCAUCCCCGCCGGCGAGUUCACUCUUAGCCUCGGCUGGAGCAGCAGAGACCUGAAGGCUUUCACCAAGAUCACUCCUGUACAAGGGUAA